GAUUUAUUUUUGGGACGGCGCACACAUGCUGGAGCGAUUUGUGAGGGCUUUUUUUUUUUUCUUUUCUUUUCUCUUUUGACUUUUUUCGACUAUGACUUGGAAGACACAAAAGCGGCUCCAAGGGGGGCUGCCACAGGGGAUAUGUAUGAGGGAUUACAUGUUUAUUGGACGGAUGGGUGCAGUGGAGGGUUUAUUUUAUUUAUUUUUAUUACAUGAAAUUUGCUCCAUACCUUGUAGUUUUUUCUGGAUAUCAUAGUCAAAAGAGUAGUAUGACGAUUUUAUAAAAAUUUUCGCU